CAGUUUGCAAAGUAUUUAAUGUAAUUGAUAAUGUAUCUUAUUGCUUAAGACGUACGAUUUAUUUUCUAAUGCCUAUUAAAUCAGUGUUAUUGUACUUUCCUAUGUUUCAUGUCAUUUCUCUUUUUCAAGCGGUUUUUUUACUUUAAAAAAUAGUUUGAAUAAAAUGCAUAUAAGAAGGUUGUUAUUACUAUUUGUUUUUAAAAGACAAAGUAUAUUAUAGCAUAGUAACCGGUAACGAUUACCGGCAAAUACAAAAUAUUUACUCUGAUGAUGACAAUGUGAAAAUAAACAAAUGAAUAAGAAAUAUUACAAACAACAGUGUUUUUGAUGUUAUUUUGUUUUAAUAAAUACUUGUGUUAGUGAGUAUAAUAAAUUAUGUGGUGAUAAAUGUGUUUUUGUUUUAUAAAGUUGGUGAAAAAUGUUGGGGUCAAGACCAAAAUUUAUAAAGCCAGGUGAUGAAGAAACACUAUACCCAACGAGGAACAGAGAUGGCAAGAUAGAAACACUGAUAAAUCCAAAUAUAGAUACAGCAUUGACUGCAGACAAAGAUGCACAGACAAGUUUUGUGUACAAUAGAUACCAUCAUCUACCGUUCGAAGCCCAACGGCAGAGGUUACCAGUGUUUCAGUAUAGGAAUCAUAUACUGUAUUUGUUGGAGAAAUAUCAAACAUUGGUGUUGAUUGGUGAAACUGGAUGCGGGAAGUCGACUCAAGUUCCACAGUAUUUAUACGAGAUAGGCCACAGAGUAUGCGUAACCCAGCCACGUGUUGCCGCCGCUGUGUCGCUCGCCAGCAGAGUGGCGGACGAGCGCGGCGAGCGGCUCGGCGAGCAUGUUGGGUAUGCUGCGGCUAUGUCGUCAGUCCGAUCUUCAGAUACAAGUAUUGUGUUUGUGACCGAAGGCGUGUUACUGAGGGAAAUGUUCGCGUCCCCACUCCUGAUGCAGUAUACUUGCAUUGUACUUGACGAGGUUCACGAGAGGUCGCAAAUGACAGACGUGUUGAUGGGACUGUUGAAAAAAAUUGCCAAGAAACGGAAAAAUCUAAAGAUAGUGGUGUCUUCAGCGACGAUGGAUGCUGAGUUUCUGAAGAAUUUCUUCAAUUUAACAGAUAGAAAAGAGCGAGAUAAAGCACCCACGUCGGUUGUAAUGUCCAUUAGGGGGCGGACGCACCCUAUAGAUCUAUUUUAUGUGGAAGAACCCGUGCCUGAUUACGUGAAAGCAACAGUGGAUACGAUUGUAAAAAUACAUGAAAAUCAACCCUUCGGCGAUGUCCUAGCGUUUCUUACUUCACAGGAGGAAAUCCUAACAGCAUUAGAUACACUUCAAACCUAUGCAGAAGAUAACAACGAGAGGAACAAGCACCGGAGGCAGUUCCCGUCAGGUGUGCAAGCAGCAGACCUGAUGGUGCUGCCAAUGUACGGGAGUCUUCCUCAUCACCGCCAGCUGAAGGUGUUCCAGGCUGCUGACAGGAAUGUGAGGAAGGUGGUGCUGGCUACUAAUAUAGCGGAGACCAGUGUUACCAUACCGGGUAUUGUUUAUGUGGUGGACUGCGGGUUCGAGAGGCUGCCGUACCUAGAGCCGGGGGUGGGCGUGGAGCGCGUGGUGGCGGCCGCGGUGUCCAGGUGCAGUGCGGCGCAGCGGGCCGGCCGCGCCGGCAGGACCAACCGUGGUGCCUGCUACCGUCUGUACACGGAGGAGCAGCUGGAGAGCUUGCCUGAAGCUCGUCCGCCGGAGGUGUGCCGCAGCGACUUGUCGUCAGCUUUGCUGCAGCUUAAAGCUCUCGGCAUACACAACUUGUUAAGAUUUACGUUUCCAACCCCUCCACCAGCGAAAAGCCUUCUAGCCGGUCUAGAAACGUUAUACGCCUUGAAGGCGAUAGACAAAGACGGUCAGCUGACGGUCGACGGUGGAGAGAGAAUGGCAGAGUUACCGUUGAAACCUAUGUGUGCUAAAAUAUUGUGCAACAGUGCCGAAUACGGGUGUAUAGACGAAGCUCUAACUAUAGUAUCAAUGUUGCAAGUAGACAGAGUAUUUGUGAAGUCCAGCAGUGGGAAAGAUAAUAUUGCAGCCAAAAUGUCCAGGAGAAAUAAUUUUGAGGUAGCUGAAGGUGAUGUACUAAUGUAUUUGAACGUAUUCGAUGCAUAUUUAAAAGUCAAAAACUCUGUAAGCGACGAGAAAAAGUGCAGAAAGGCGUGCAAAGACUGGUGUAGCAAGAUGUAUGUGAACUAUAGAGUUAUGGAGAAGGCCUGCGAAAUAAGGAACAGUUUGGAGAAAUUAGUGAAAGGGAAAUUCCAAAUGGAGAAUGACAGUUUUGAUGGACUGGACUUAGGAUCAGAAAAAUGUACACGUAUAAUGAAAUGUGUAUUGUCCGGUCUGUUCCCUCAAGCGAGUUAUUUGUGCGUUAGUGGAUGCUACCGCAGCCUCCGAGGGGCCGACUUGUACAUUAGUCCGGACAGUUGUUUGUACAACUUGCAACAGCCUAAAUGGGUAAUAUUCGCAAGUGUAUAUAGUACAGGAGACAAAACAUACAUGAGUGAUUUAAUGGUGAUACAAAAAGAGUGGCUUCUGGAGGUAGCGCCGCAUUACUAUGUAGAGACUUAGAGGUGCAUCAUCAGGACUGGACAUCAUCAUGACUGCAAGGGUGUGAAGAUGCCAAGAUUUAAUACUUCGGCGGAGUGACCGGCUGAUUUGGUCAGGAAUUUU